GGACGAGUUUGUGGGGGUUUACUGGGGAUUUACAUUUUGGUAUACAGACAAAGCGGUUGGAAAAAUAGCUUUAGAAAAAAGUGAUUGCUGUGAAAAUUUUCCAAAUUGCUUGCAAACAAUCUAAAAAGUGACUAGCAAAACAAUUUCACCGCAUAUUUUGCAUGGAACAGCGCGAAGCGCAGGGAUUUAAGAAUUGUGGCUUGGCUGGCUGCUCCAAUUGUAGGUGCAACUGUGCGUAUGUGUAUUCCUUGCGUUACAUGAGCCCUGCUUAAGAAGUGCGUGGGCGUUAACUAAUAGCAUCAAAUUAGUGCUAUUUUCUUUUUUUGGUUUACUUCUAAAAUUUUUCACUCUGUACAAGUCACGAAACGGCCAGCAAAAUAAGCCAACGAAGGAGAUUCUACACCUGUAACUCGUUAAUGCUGAAAGCUUUGCUCGGCUCAGAGUCCACAGAAUCAACAGAAGACACAGGUGGCGGCAGCGGCAGUGGCAGCAGUGGUGGGGGCGGAAGUGGGGGUGGAGGUGCGGGCGCUGGAACCGGCGGCGUUAGUGGUAGUGGCAGCCUAACAUCUAGCUCUGUUUCGAACAGUCUGAACGCUGCAUGCAGCACUGCUAUUGGCACGGGUAGCAAUUGUAGUCAGUCAGCUUGUGGCACUGUAGGAGCCGGUGGCGGUUUUACCUGCAACCUGUCCUCCUCGAACUCCAGUGGUUACUGCUCUGCCUGUCAGGCGUCUGCGGACAGGUGCCACAGCAAUACAGGCAGUCGUAAGAGUCGAAAGAGUUCGUCAUCGCGCAGCAAAAUGUCACACUCCAAUUCCAGUUCAAUGCGCGGCAGUAGUGGCAGCAGUUGCCGCAGCAGUGGCGCUGUUUGCAUGUACGAUGUGGCUAGCUGCAAGUCGAUCUCGCCGGGGAGCUAUAGCUUAAAUGCCUUGAAUGUAGAUUUCAGUUCGUAUACGGCAACACAUCAGUGGACCAAAAUGCUCGAGUGCGCCGAAUUUGUAGGUGCCAAGCGCAGCAAGCACACUGUGGUGGCAUAUAAGGAUGCCAUGUUUGUUUUCGGUGGUGAUAAUGGCAAGACGAUGCUCAACGAUUUAAUACGUUUUGGCGUUAAAGAUAAGUCGUGGGGACGCGCUUGUGCUACAGGCACGCCACCGGCGCCACGCUACCAUCACUCGGCAGUUGUGUAUGGCAGUUCAAUGUUCAUAUUUGGUGGCUACACAGGCGAUAUACAUUCAAAUUCUAAUCUGACAAACAAAAAUGACUUGUUCGAAUACAAGUUUCAGAGUGCAAUGUGGGUCGAGUGGAAGUUUUCAGGAAGAAUGCCAGUACCUCGCUCAGCGCAUGGCGCCGCCGUCUACGACAACAAGAUGUGGAUAUAUGCGGGAUAUGAUGGUAAUGCACGCCUAAACGAUAUGUGGACGCUCAAUUUAACUGGCGAAAACCAUCAGUGGGAAGAGGUCGAGCAGAAGGGAGAACGUCCACCCACUUGCUGCAAUUUUCCCGUCGCCGUUGCGCGCGACUGCAUGUAUGUGUUUUCCGGCCAAAGUGGUCUGCAGAUCACCAAUUCACUCUUCGAAUUUCAUUUUAAAACAAAAACCUGGCGUCGCAUCUCCAAUGAGUCUGUGUUGCGUGGUGCCGCUUCGGCGCCUCCCUCGCGUCGUUAUGGCCACACUAUGGUGCAUCACGAUCGCUUUCUAUACGUGUUCGGCGGGUCUGCAGACUCAACAUUACCCAACGAUCUACAUUGUUUCGACUUGGACUCACAACUGUGGUCGGUGAUCACACCAGAGCCGAAUUCCGAUGUACCCUCCGGCCGUGUAUUUCAUGCCAGCGCUGUCAUAGCUGAUGCUAUGUACAUUUUUGGUGGCACUGUCGACAACAGCGUACGUCGCGGUGACACUUAUCGCUUUCAAUUCUCUAGCUAUCCAAAAUGUACGCUGCGCGAUGACUUUGGCAAAUUCUUUCACGAUAAACAAUUUUGCGAUAUACAAUUCAUUGUUGGCCCCGAAGAGAUUAACAUAUUGGCGCAUAUCGCGUUUGUGGCAGCGCGUUCGAAACACUUGCGUACCAAGAUAUUAGCAGCGCGUGAUGCGCGCCAACAGCAAAUGGAAAAGGUUUUCGGGCCGAAUAUGGAUAUACAUAGCGCAUUGGGUACAGGUGGUGGUGAUCGCGCGCCCAUGCUGGAGGUGCGAUUGGCGCAGGCGUCGCCAGAGGCUUUCGAGAUUAUAUUGAAUUACAUUUACACGGAUCGCAUAGACUUGAAGGAGUCAUAUAGCAAGAAUAUAAUUAUAUUGAUAACUGAUAUAUACCAGUUGGCGGGCAGAUUUCUUAUGCCGCGACUGGCGCAGGGAUGUAUACAGUAUUUGGAUUUUAAGAUCAACAAGCAGAAUGUGCUGGAAGCGCUCUACAAUGCGGACAAGAAUAAAAUACAAAUCAUCAAGGACCACUGCAUGCAAUUCAUUAUUAAGGAUGAAAACUAUACUGACGUGGUAAUGUCCAGCGAAUUUGGUGAUUUGGAUAAGAGUUUGAUAGUUGAAAUUGUGCGUAGGCGCCUUAAUCCCAGCAAGAUCGUCAUGGAAAACAAUUUUGAGAAAAGUGAUGCAGGCACCACUCUGGAGAGCGAUAUGGCUCUCUUUCUGGAGUCGACUGGCAAGGAUUUUUGCGAUAUAAAUCUCAUACUGGAUGGUCAAGUUGUGCCAGCGCAUAAGUCGAUAUUAUCGGCACGUUGUACCUACUUCCAGGGCAUGUUUAGGUCCUUUAUGCCGCCCGAUAAUACAGUAAAUAUCCAAAUAGGCGAAAUUUCACCCUCACAGGAGGCUUUUCAAUCGCUGCUACGCUACAUUUACUAUGGCGAGACGAAAAUGCCGCCACAAGAUGCAUUGUAUCUAUUUCAAGCGCCAUGCUUUUAUGGUCUAGCCAACAAUCGGCUUGCCGCCUUUUGCAAGUACUCACUAGAACACAACAUCACCUAUGAGAAUGUGCUGCAAACAUUAGAAGCAUCGGAUAUAACAAAAAUUUACGACAUCAAAGAUUAUGCAUUGCGUUUGAUAGUGAAGGAUUUCACCAAAGUAGCGCGUUUGCCUAAAAUUGGUGCGCUCUCACGUGAGCUGCUGCUGGAAAUUAUACGCGCUGUCGCCGAUUCGCAGGGCGAGUUCUUGACACGCAUAAGUAUCAAUACUGACAUCUGAAAUUUGGUACUGCUAUGGCCGGCAUUACAAUUGCUUUUGGCUUGGCUGCAAAUUGUUGGUGGGCGAAGUGGUAGUGUCGAUGGUAUCGACGGUGGUGGCGUUGACGAUAGUGGCGUAGAUGCAGCUAUUGAUGUGGCUACGAAGCGCGGGUAUGAAAGCGAAUGACGGCAUGCUUCGAUGUUGACGGACGGACACAAAACAACAUUUAUCUUUAUUUGUUGUUCAAUUUCCUUUUGCCUCCCCCCCCCUCUUAAGCACACAGUUUGUUGUAAGUUGAGGAAAUAAGUUGGGUAUUUUAAGGUAUUUUAGUUGUAUGUUAAAAAAGGCACACAGAAAUUGGUGGCCAAAAUGGACCCAAGGUAUUUGUUAUAACCUCAUUUGAGGCAAACUUUAUGCAUAUGCAGUUAAAAGUUUUUAUUUGUAAUUAUUGUAUGCUUAAGUUAUU